AUGUGCAUAAGGAGGGCUGGUCUGAGGAUAGUUUCCCUAGCUGUUGGGUUCUCUUACAGACAUUCUAAGGAUUUUGAUUUGAAUAGAAUGUAUUCUGGGAGGUUUCUGGAGCCACUUCGAUAUGUGGGGAUGGGUUUGAAAAAGCUAAAGCUUGUUGGACUAGAUCUAAUUGGUCCAGAUGAUUUGACUCCAGUUCUUGCUAUCUGUUCUUUAACGAACUUGGAGCUGCACAACCUGUUGUAA